AUGGCUAGCAACGCAAAUUUAUUAACCGUGAAGGGCGAAGGGGACUAUGGCAAACUGAACGCCUUUUUCGCUGAUCACUCGUACUACCAAAAUCACAUGCUAAGUGCCAUGGAUUUGAAGAUCUUUAAUCAGAUAAAAUGUGUGGUAAAUAAGGAUACGUACCCCCAUUUGUAUCAUCAGUUUAAGGAUCCAAACGAAAAGGGGAAAAAAGCGGGAGGUAGCCACGCACCAGAGAAAAAAAAUGUCCCAGAAGAUGAUGAUGUUGAUAACGAUAUUGACCUAUUCGGGGACAGCAAUAAUGAUGAGCAGAGCAUUCUCUUAGAAAAAAAAAAACAGAAAGAAGAAGAAUUAAAAAAGAAGAAACAAAAAGAAAAGGAGAAAAAUAGGUCCAUUUUAAUUAUCGAAAUAAAACCCAAAUCAAUUGACACAGAUAUUAGUAAAAUACCCAAACUUGUUAAACAAAAAAUUGUUGAUGAAAAUAUCAAAUGGGGUGAAGAAGUAAAAAAAUUACCCGUAGCAUUUGGACUGUACAAACUUCACAUGUCUUGUAUUAUAUAUGACGAUUUUGUCAAUACGAAUGACUUGAUGGAGAAAAUAGAAAACAUUGACUUGGAUAAUGAGGAGGACAAGAAAAAGAGGAAGCUAAUUCUUGGCUUGGAUGGAGAGGAAAACGGCGACAACAGUGACGAGGAGGCCGACGACGAUGUGAAUUAUGAAGAGGUGGAGGACGACCUGGACUUCCUGGUGCAGUCGGCCGAGAUUAUUACCUUCAACAAGUUGUGA